AUGGUGGCGCUGGGGGUGGCCCUGGGGCUGCUCCUGCUAUUUGCCCUGCGGGCCCACGUGCGUGCAGACUCCAGCCGCGAUGAGUCUUCCCGUUUGCUGAAUUUUCUAGGAGCUGACUUUCGGUUUGCGUCAUACGUGGGUGACUACAUGGUGCUGCAGAAAGAGCCUGCAGGGGCCGUGAUUUGGGGCUUUGGCCUGUCUGAAGCCACAGUGACAGUGACUCUUUGUCGAGAGGAAGAAACCAUCAUGAAGAAAGUGACUCAAGUGCAAGCACGCUCCAAUAAAUGGAUGGUGGUCCUGGAUCCCAUGAAGCCUGGUGGACCUUAUGAAGUGAUGGCACAGCUGACUUUGGGAAAAACGAACUUGACCGUGGCAGUUCAUGGUGUCUUAUUUGGAGAUGUCUGGCUGUGCGGUGGGCAAAGCAACAUGCAGAUGACGGUGUCACAGAUAUUGAAUGCUACACAGGAGCUGGCCAACACCGAGGCCUACCAGUCCGUCCGCAUCCUCUCCGUGUCUCUCAAUCAGGCAGAGCGGGAGCUGGAGGACCUUGCCGAGGUGGACUUGCCAUGGUCUAAGCCCACCGCAGAAAACCUAGGCCACGGGAACUUCGAGUACAUGUCGGCAGUGUGCUGGCUCUUCGGGCGCCACCUGUACGACACGCUGCAGUAUCCCAUUGGGCUGGUGGCCUCCUUGUGGGGUGGAACCCCCAUCGAAGCCUGGUCAUCUGAAAGGGCCCUGAAGGCCUGUGGGGUCACUAAGGAAGGGUUCACCCGGCCGGUGACUAUAAGUGGUCCCAGCGAGCACUCUGUUCUCUGGAAUGCCAUGAUCCACCCACUGACUAAUAUGACUCUGAAAGGCGUGAUAUGGUACCAGGGGGAGGCCAAUAUCGAUAUUAACAGGAACCUGUACAACUGCACCUUCCCCGCGCUCAUUGAGGACUGGCGCCAGACCUUCCACUUCGGCUCCCACGGGCAGACGGAGCGCCUCCUCCCGUUUGGGUUUGUCCAGUUGUCUGCAGUUUUGUCUGAGGAAGAGUCAGAUGAUCGAUUUUCCCAGAUCCGUUGGCAUCAAACAGCAGACCUUGGCUAUGUCCCCAACCCCAGGAUGCCCAACACUUUCAUGGCUGUAGCCAUGGACCUCGGUGACAGGGACUCGCCUUUCGGCAGCAUCCACCCUCGCGAUAAGCAGACUGUGGCCUACCGGCUGCACCUGGGGGCCCGAGCUGUGGCUUAUGGGGAGAAGACGCUGACCUUCCAGGGCCCCCUGCCCGAGAAGAUGGAGCUCGUGGCCGGCCAGGGGCUGCUCAGCCUCGUGUAUUCCCAGCAAAUCGAGGUGCAGAGGCAGGAUGACAAGAUAUUUGAGAUCUCCUGCUGUGAUGACCAUCAAUGCAAGUGGCUUCCAGCACCCAUGAACACGUCCUCCGCCCAGACCCUGGCCCUGGAUAUCAGGUCUUGUCCUGGCGCCGUGGCUGCUCUCCGCUACGCCUGGGCCUCGUGGCCCUGUGAAUAUAAACAGUGUCCCCUCUACCACCCCCGCAGUACCCUGCCGGGCCCUCCCUUCGUUGCCUUUAUUGCAGACCAGAUGCCUGGACACCAGAGCAAGGAUGCUAAGUGA